AUGAACAACAACAAUAACAACAACAACAGAUCUGCUGGAACAGGUCUGAGUGUCAUCGAAGAGAGACACGAAAACAACAACCGCAAUCUGAACUCGAAAGGCAGCAGCGGAAUGAUGAGAUCCAAUAGUCGCAGUGCGAGCCGGCCUCGCCCUUCUGGUAAAACAGGUCUUAACUCCAAUGGCAUCUCAUUUGUUGACGACAAGCAAGAAUCCUCCGAUGACGGAAUCGAUAGCCGAUCCCCGCAGACAGUCAAGAACGUUUCAUUUAAGGACGACAAUUCCUCCAUCAACACUCGAUCCUCCUCUGACGAAUCCCACGGCUCUGGCUGGUCCAACAAGGGUGGUAACAGUGGUUCGGAUAGCGAGUAUAGUACGACCAGUACCAUUCAUCAACGCAGCGACUCCAAGAACGACGACAAGUCAUCGAACAACAACUACUCAAGCAAUAACAAUUCGAACUCCAACAACUCUUCAAGCAUGAACUCUAGCAACAACAACUCUUCGAGCUUCAGCUCUCCGAACAACUCGGGCAACAGCAACAGCAGCAAUGGCAACUCUUCGCUGAAUGCAUCCAACGCCAACGCUAGCAGCGGCUCGAGCGGAGGUAACAACGCCGGGUCCAACGCUAUUAACAAGACCUUGGGCAAUGUCGAUAACGGUAGUCAGCGCACAAGAUCUUUCACCAGAGACACCGGUGUCGGUACUGAUGGCCCAGUUGGCGGACGAAGCACCCCUCAAGGUGGCCGCAGCACGUCUCGCAACACCCACCAGAGCGGCAGCUCUCGCCAAGGAUCUUCCAGCAAUGUUAAUUACGGUGCAUCCAGCAAUAAUGGCGGUAACAACAGCGGCUCUGGAUACGGCAACAGCAACAACAACUCGUACGGAGGCAGUCAUGCUCGUGGCCACCAGUCCAACAAUUCUUGGAAUGGUAGCUCGAACAACGGAGGAGGAUAUGGAGGUAAUCAAAACCGCCAGAACAGCCCACAACGCAACCGCAGCUCCAAUCGCGACUCUCGAGGUGACUUCAAGGGCGAUGAGCGUAACGCUUACGAUGAAGGUCAUCGCAUCGCCACUCGAGAGCUCCAGAACAUGUCUCUCCAAGAAGUGCGCAACCAUUCUCCACGCCAUUCCGGCCAUUACGGAGGCGGCGGUUACGGAGGAUACAACCAUGACAAUAACUCGAAUCGACGUGAAAGUCCUCAACGCAACAACUAUGGCGGAGGCUACAACAACAGAGGAUACGAGAGUGAUCGCGGGUAUGGAGGCAACUCUUACAACAACAAUGAUCGAGGGUACGGUGGAGGUUACAACAGCGAUCGAGGAUAUGGCAACAACAGCAACCGUGGCGGCUAUGAUGAUGAUCGUGGCUAUAACAACAAUAACAGAUACAAUCGUCGCAACAGCCCACCAUCACCCAGGCAAGCAUCAAGCUUCUCCGCCGACCGCAAGAUGGACGUCGCCUACGAGACUGGAUACAAGGAUGCCAUGGAGAAGAUCAAGGCCGACAUGAUGAGGCAGUUUGGUGGCGCUGGAGGUGGCAAUCAACGGCGCAACCGCUGGUAG